AUGGUUCUCAAGGAGUACACCUUCCUCUUCGUGGUUGGCACACUUUUUGCCUUCCUCGAUGCCUGGAACAUUGGUGCCAAUGAUGUCUCCAACUCUUGGGCCAACUCUGUGGCCGCCCGGUCCGUUUCAUAUCUACAAGCCAUGGUCCUGGCCUCCAUCAUGGAGUUUAGCGGUGCCAUCGGCGUCGGUGCCCGUGUUGCCGAUACCAUCCGAACCAAGAUCGUCGACACCAACGCUUUUGCUGACGCUCCGGAGCUCCUCAUGCUCGGAAUGGUCUGUGCUGUGAUCGCCUCUUCUACUUUCUUGACCUUUGCCACCAAGUUUGGUUUCCCCGUGUCCACCACGCACUCCCUCUUGGGCGGUGUCUUGGGUAUGGGUAUUGCCGCCGUCGGCGCCAAGAAUAUCAAGUGGAUUGGUGACCCCAAGGCUGGCUCGACCGCUGUCAUCACUGGCGGUGUCGUCCAAGUCUUUAUUGCCUGGGUUAUUGCCCCUCUCUUGUCGGGUAUUUUCGCCGCCGCCAUCUUCUCCAUCACCAAGUACGGUGUCCUGCUCCGCAAGAACCCCGUCAUCAAGGGUCUCUUCGCAGUCCCCAUCUACUUUGCAGUUGCUGCGGGGUUGCUGGCUAUGCUUCUCAUCUGGAAGGGCGGAAGCUACAAGGUGGAUCUCACCGACUCCCAGAUCCCUGGUGUCAUUGUAGGAACCGGCGUCGGCUUUGGCAUCAUGGUUGCUUUGUUCCUUGUGCCCUGGCUCUACAGGGUCAUCAUCCUCGAGGAUUGGCAGAUGAAGUGGUACCACGUCUUCUACGGCCCCCUCCUUCUCAAGAGGGGUGAGGUUCCUCCUGCGCCCGCCAACUUCAAGGGCCCGGUCAAGAACUUUUACGAGGGCCACCUCACUCGCGAGGAAUUGCAGGAGAGGCGCGCACGCGAUGCUGCCCGUCGCGGCGAUGUCGAGAACGGCGCGGGCAACAAGGCGGAUGGCGUCCUCGAUGGCGAGAAGGCUGUCGAUAGCGAUUCUGCCCAAGAUCAGGGCGUAGGCGAGAUGGAGGAGAAGCCCAAGAAGUCCAUGAUUGGCCCCAAGCCGGAUGGCCCGUGGUACUCGGGCCGCAUGCUCUUUGGUAUCUCAAGCGAUAUCCAGGAGAUGCAUGCCCGCUCCCAAAAGUUCGACAACAAGGCGGAAUACCUCUACACCUUCCUUCAGAUCAUGACGGCCGCGACCGCUUCCUUUACCCACGGCGCCAACGACGUGUCCAACGCCAUCGGUCCUUAUGCUACCAUUUACGAUAUCUGGAAGAAUGGCGAACUCCCCGAGGCUGGCAAGGCCCAGGUGCCUACUUGGAUUCUCGUCUUUGGUGGUGCCGGUAUCGUCAUCGGUCUCUGGACUUAUGGCUACAACAUCAUGAAGAACCUAGGCAACCGUCUCACUCUCCAGUCUCCUUCUCGAGGUUUCUCUAUCGAGAUGGGCGGUGUCAUCACCAUUGUCCUUGCCACCCGACUCAAGCUGCCCGUCUCCACCACCCAGUGUAUCACUGGUGCUACGGUUGGUGUCGGUCUCUGCAACGGCGACUGGCGGGCCAUCAACUGGCGCAUGGUCGCUUGGAUCUACCUUGGUUGGUUCAUCACCCUUCCGGUCACCGGAAUCAUCUCUGGUGUCCUCAUGGGCUUCAUCAUCAACUCGCCGCGCUGGCCCACCUCGUAA